UAAUACAUUAUUUUGAUUGCAUUUGACUGCAUUCAACAUGGAGAUUUUGAUUACAAGAAAAUAGGAAUUUAUAAAUAAGUUACUAUUAAUCAUGUGUAGUGUGUUUGGUACUAUCUGCAAGUUGUAAUAAUUAAAAAUGUCUUCCAAGAGUGAGUUAAAAAAGUUAUCGGAGGAGAGUUUGACUCGCCAGCCAGAGGAAGUGUUUGAUAUAAUAUGUAAGCUGGGUGAGGGGUCCUAUGGGAGUGUUUACAAAGCACUCCACAAAGAAUCUGGUCAAGUAUUAGCAAUUAAACAAGUACCUGUGGAUACUGAUCUUCAAGAAAUCAUCAAAGAAAUCUCAAUAAUGCAACAAUGUGACAGUCCCUAUGUUGUUAAAUAUUACGGUAGUUAUUUCAAAAACACCGAUCUGUGGAUCGUUAUGGAAUAUUGCGGGGCGGGAUCCGUCUCUGAUAUAAUGAGGCUGCGUAAGAAAACCCUCACAGAAGACGAAAUCGCCACGAUUUUAUCCGACACGUUGAAAGGCCUAGAGUAUUUGCACCUACGUAGAAAAAUCCACAGGGACAUCAAAGCCGGAAACAUCCUGCUAAACUCGGAAGGUCACGCGAAGCUAGCUGAUUUCGGCGUCGCGGGACAAUUGACUGACACCAUGGCAAAGAGAAAUACUGUGAUCGGUACCCCGUUUUGGAUGGCUCCUGAAGUGAUACAAGAAAUAGGUUAUGAUUGUGUCGCUGAUAUUUGGAGUUUAGGUAUUACGGCCUUAGAGAUGGCUGAAGGUAAACCACCCUACGGUGAUAUUCAUCCAAUGAGAGCAAUAUUUAUGAUCCCCACAAAACCACCGCCUUCGUUUAGAGAACCGGACAAGUGGUCGGCUGAAUUUAUAGAUUUUGUUAGUGUUUGCCUUGUUAAGAACCCUGAAGAACGCGCUAGUGCCACUGAUUUACUCAAUCAUGUAUUUAUAGGUAAUGCUAAACUUCCUAGUAUUCUAAACCAAAUGAUUCAAGAAGCGCACGAAAUUAGAGAAAACCAAAGUUAUAGGAACGUUUCAUCUGCCGCUAAUAUCGUAGGAGUAAGGCAGAAUAUCACAGAAGAAUCUGUACGUGACGAUGAAGUAGCAUUAGGAAAUCAAACUAUUCUUCCUUGUACAGACGAAGGUACUUUGGUACCUGGUAAAGGCGGAACGUUGCUGCCGGUAUCACAAAGCGGGACGCUCGUGGAACUUGGUACAAUGGUAAUCAAUAGCGAUGUUGACGAACAGACAAUGAAACGACAUGACACUGGUUCGAGCCAAGGCGGGAAGAAGUACAGACCUCUGUUUUUGGAGCACUUCGACAAAAAGGAAGCAGAAGUAAAGGGUAACGGAGUUGUAACCCCGACCACGUUAGACGGUCCAGAAAUAGUUCAUGACGAGCAGCGUUUUCAGAGUCAUUUUCAUGUACAAUUAAAUCAGGUGCCGUCACCUCAGCAGGCUCAACCGCAAGAACAAAAAGCACAAUUUCACAGGCCUUUCUCAGAUGGCGACUUUGAAUUUUUGAAGUUUUUGAGUUUCGAGGAGUUGCAACAGAGGAUGGCCAAACUAGAUUUAGACAUGGAGAGAGAAAUAGACGAACUUCGUAGAAGGUAUCAGAUCAAAAGGCAACCGAUCCUGGAUGCUAUGGAUACAAAACGUAAGCGACAACAGAACUUUUGAGAACAAUCAGGUUAUUGUUGCAAUGAAGAGAUGGUGCUCAAAAAGUUUAUAUUUUAUUACAUACUUGCCAUUUAGUUUAUCAUUGUUAUUGUUUAAUUCAAUGCUUUUUGAGCCAAAUAUUGUUAGACUACAUUUCAAUGAGGAACGUGUUCCUACUUAUUGUACUUACUGAGUUUGUUUGCGUCAACUGCAGCUACUCCCAAAUUAUUCCAACCGAUCGUGGAACUAGAAAUUGGCGAUUUCGGUUUAGUUUUGUAAAAAAUUAACAGAUUUGGGACGCGCUGGAUUUUAAUUAUCCUAAUUUUCGUGCAAAUAUUUUUUCGGUAUAGGUUAAUUAGAAAAUAUUUUGCCAUAAAAACCGCACCAAUUAGGUAUCAUUUUUAUCCAUUUUAAUAAAUUCUAUUGCCUUCACCACGUUUGAGCUUUUUAUCAGUGUUAUUUUCUUUUUGUACAGUCAUUUUUAACGUUGUGUAACUAGGUUAUAACCUGUACGAUAAGUACGCUUGCUGUGCCUUUAGUAGAAUAUCUAGGAGUAAGUACGAGUGUAAUCAUAUUUUUUGAUCAAAUAAAAUUCAUAACUAACGA